GUUGAAGCAGUCACACAGCUUGUAAGGGCCCCUAGCGCCAGACAUUAGUACUGACCUGGUUGAUUACUAUACUAUCGGAGCCACAUCUUGAACAUCGCAGUGCUAUCGAGGCUGAAACACGGUCAGGCCUAUGGACAGCUGCCCGUAGCUCCGGGAGCCCUGUCUACUUAUCCGUGCACAAUACGGACAAGACCGACGAGUCAUUUUGGCACCUUUUUGCGCUCCGGCGUCUCCACUGCAGGGUCUCUUCAGUUCACAGGAAAAAAGUGCGUGUUUGCUGCUCACUCGUGUUUCGGCAGCGGCAGCGGCGGCGGCGAGCGCAGCGAAGUGUCCUCGAUGGCUGGCUGGAAGGACGGCUCGGUGCAGGAGAAGUAUCGGCUUUUUUUGGGCGGGGGCGGCGGUGUCGGGAAAUCAGCCCUGACUAUCCAGUUUAUUCAGUCAUACUUUGUCACCGACUAUGACCCCACAAUUGAAGACUCCUAUACCAAACAGUGUGUGAUUGACGAGAGGGCGGCCAGGCUCGACAUCCUCGACACGGCUGGACAGGAAGAAUUUGGAGCCAUGAGAGAACAAUACAUGAGGACAGGGGAGGGCUUCCUGCUCGUCUUCUCAGUCACUGACAGAGGAAGCUUUGAAGAAAUCUACAAAUUCCAAAGACAAAUUCUUCGGGUCAAAGACAGAGAUGAAUUUCCUAUGAUCCUUGUAGGAAACAAAGCAGAUCUGGAUCUGCAGAGACAAGUAACCCAGGAAGAGGGCCAGCAGCUGGCCAGGCAGUUGAAGGUGACAUACAUGGAGGCUUCAGCCAAAGUCCGUAUGAAUGUAGACCAGGCUUUCCACGAACUGGUUAGAGUAAUCAGGAAAUUCCAAGAACAGGAAUGUCCACCGUCGCCAGAACCUACGAGAAAAGAGAAAGACAAGAGCGGCUGCCACUGUGUGAUCGUCUGAGUCGACCUUAUCACUGUAACUCAUGCAGCUGCUCUCUACCACCCCACCCACUCUGCCUGACAUCACAUCCUAAGUGGAUGACUGACCGCUGCCUUGUCUACAUGCAUGACUUCAGACACCUGUUUCUGAGAUACUCUGACCAGGAACUGCUGUCCCCAGGACAUCACUAUGGACAAAUGACAAUGCCAAAUUUGACACCACUCUACCUUCAGCCAUAAUAUAAUUCAUGUGAGAAUCCCAACACUAAACAUUGCCUUCUAAAUCAACCUGACAAAUUGAUGUUUUGUACUCUGAAGGACUUCUCUUGCCUUGUAGUGAUAUUUGUACUUGCUACCAAGAUUGAAUGAAAACUAUAUAUCUCGAAUGUUAAUGAUUUUCUUUAGUUUCCGGUGUCUGGCCAGAGCAGAGAGAAUAUCUAAUGAAGCUUUGUGUAUGUUGUGCCAUAUCCACCUUUACUCCCAUGUGCUAAUCUGCUACUGUACAUAAGUGACAUUUGUUGUGAUUUUUGAAGUGUAUUUCUAAUGACCUAUUAAAUCACCACAGUACUGUG